UUCCUGAGCUCGGGCACUGCAGGAGAGCAGCACCGGCGGCCUGCACGCCCUUACGGCGGGAGCUAGUGACCCCUUGCGGGUCGGCUUCCCUCCGGUGGCCUUGGCGCACUUCAAGGGCGGAGCUGCGGACUUCGGGGAGCUCUGAGGGAGGAGCCUGCAGGGAAGGGUUCGGCCCUGGCCCUCCUGCCAGCCCGCAGGCUCCGGGUCUCAGUGGUACUCAGGGCGAGUAUCGACCUGCAUCUAGUGCAGGUGGGUGCAGGAUCCAGCUUCCAGAAUGUGGUGGUCCUUGGUACCUCUCUCUUGCCUGCUGGCACUGGCGAGUGCCCACAGCCAGCCUUCCUUCCACCCACUGUCGGAUGACCUGAUCAACUAUAUCAACAAACAGAAUACGACAUGGCAGGCUGGACGAAACUUCUACAAUGUUGACGUAAGCUAUCUGAAGAGGCUGUGUGGUACUAUCCUGGGUGGACCCAAGCUGCCUGAAAGGGUUGGGUUCGCUGAGGACAUGGAUCUACCUGAAACUUUUGAUGCACGGGAACAGUGGCCCAACUGCCCAACUAUCAAACAGAUUAGAGACCAGGGGUCCUGCGGCUCUUGUUGGGCAUUUGGAGCAGCAGAAGCCAUGUCUGACCGACUCUGCAUCCACACCCAUGGCCAUGUCAAUGUGGAGGUGUCUGCUGAGGACCUGCUUACCUGCUGUGGUAGCCAGUGUGGGGAUGGCUGUAACGGUGGCUAUCCCUCCGGAGCAUGGAACUUCUGGGUAAAACACGGCCUGGUUUCUGGUGGACUCUACAAUUCCCAUGUAGGCUGCCUACCGUACACCAUACCUCCCUGUGAACACCAUGUCAAUGGCUCCCGACCCCAGUGCAGUGGAGAGGGAGACACUCCCAGGUGUACCAAGAGCUGUGAGCCUGGCUAUUCUCCAUCCUACAAAGAAGAUAAGCACUACGGGUACACUUCCUACAGCGUGUCUAACAACGAGAAGGAGAUCAUGGCAGAAAUCUACAAAAAUGGCCCAGUGGAGGGUGCCUUCACUGUGUUUUCAGACUUCUUGACUUACAAAUCAGGAGUAUACAAGCAUGAGGCCGGUGACAUGAUGGGUGGUCACGCCAUCCGCAUACUGGGCUGGGGAGUAGAGAACGAAGUCCCCUACUGGCUGGUAGCCAACUCUUGGAACGUUGACUGGGGUGACAAUGGCCUCUUUAAAAUCCUCAGAGGAGAGGACCACUGUGGAAUUGAAUCAGAAAUUGUGGCUGGAAUCCCUCGCACUGACCAGUACUGGGGAAAGUUCUAAUGUGCUGUGGCCUGGUUGGCCAGUCGUUAGGGAGUUUUUCCCUAAAUUUAGCUACCCAGGCUGGGAAUGAGGCAGACAGGAAAGUUUUUGAUUCUUUGAAUUCACCUAAGAUACAUGAAGCAUUCAGCAAGGCUUGAGUGACUGGACCAGAGCUGCCUGCCAUCAGAGCUGCCCUCCAUUUCCUCCUUCCAGGCUCCCUCCCAGCCUAUUCCAGCAGUGAUCACAGCCUGCAUCCUAGCCUCCCCUAGACUAGUGCUGUUUGUAGUGUCUGCUGCUGCGGCUCUGCCUGCCACCCCCACAUCUCCAGAGCAGGAGAGACCCAAGGGCUUUGGCUGCAGGUUUUCCAAAAGAAGGGAACACCAACUUCAUGAUGAGGACAAACGCCACCUGUCAUCUGCACCUUGAAGCCAGUCACUUCCUAGGUCUGUGGCAGGCAUUGAUGGCCCAAUGCAGUUCUCUGGAGAAAGCUACCUUUUUCCAAGGUACCUACAUCCAUCGCCCUUGGUAAUGUGGCAAGCCCUGCCUGGUCUUGUCCUCAGCCGAUGCUUUUUCAAUAGUUUUAUUUUUUUUUUUUUUUUGUGCACCUCAACUGAAUAUGUGAAAUGAACAGGUCUAAUUAGUUGAAGAUCUGUACUGGUUUUACAGAUUGUCUCCUAAGUGUAUGGCUUAAAACAAGCUCAGUGGUCCUGGUUUGCUGGGUGACCUACUGACCUCAGACACCACAGUGAAGCUAGUCUGGGAAAAGCCUCUUUUAUGUUGUAGACACCACUUCACCCUGUUAGUUUAACAAGGAAUGACUGUGCCAAUAAACCAAUUCUCCCUCUG